GGCUCACGUGACACUGCGGUCACGUGACGCGGGCCCCUCGGGAGCCGAGGCACCAGUUCCAGCUCCCGCAAUCGGAGAGGGCCGGGCGCGCCCAGCCCCCAGCGCGCCGCGAUCAUGCUGUCUCGCCUGCUGAAAGAACACCAAGCCAAGCAGAACGAACGCAAAGAGCUGCAGGAGAAGAGGAGGCGAGAGGCUAUCACUGCAGCGACCUGCCUGACAGAAGCUUUGGUGGAUCACCUCAAUGUGGGUGUGGCCCAGGCCUACAUGAACCAGAGAAAGCUGGAUCAUGAGGUGAAGACCCUACAGGUCCAGGCUGCCCAGUUUGCCAAGCAAACAGGCCAGUGGAUCGGGAUGGUGGAGAACUUCAAUCAGGCACUCAAGGUGGGCCACACUCCCUACAUCACUGGCCCCAUCCUGGACCCCCGUUAAAUGCCUCCAGUCGGGUCACCUUAGGCCUCAGGUUAAAAAAGAAGUGGGGCUGGUCCCAGAAAUGCCAUGUACGGCCCCAGUGUCAGAAAAGCUAGAGAGAUGAAAAUAGCUGGUGGGUCCAAGCAAAGCCCUUUCUAGGGGAUAGACGGAAAGUGCCCCUGUCUGUCUCCUUAGAGCUACAUUCUACCCACCCUGAUUCCCCACCUCCCACCUCCUCCCCU